GUACCGCGAACUGAAGACAAGUGCACAACAUGUGUACACCGGUGUACACAUAGUUUCCUCUCCUACUGUACACACGUAUCUCGUGCGAAACGUUUCACAGGCGUGCAAAGGACAAAAGUUAAUCCCGACAGAGACGGAGAGAAAUAUGGAACGGCUCUUCCUCAAUGAGUAAAGCAGAUUCAACCAGUUCUAUGGUACGAGUAUCGAUGCACUUGUUCCCGCGUGUGCAGUGAUCCAAUUUAACAAGGCCCUGUUUUCGGAUCGGGUUCGUAGCGUCGCCACGAGAGCGCGGCGUUGGCAACUCAAUAAAAUCCAAAGAGCGCCGGACGGGCGGUGUUCCGCGAAGCGUGAUGAGUUUGACAGCUCCCGCGUACCGUGGCUCGUUCAAAAGUGGAAAAUAAGAUUGACCGAAAGAUGCGGCCGGGAAGAGAUCCUUAACGCGUUUCCGUACGUAUCCACGCGAGACCGUCUAAUAUGGCAGAAUGGUUGGGCAUAGAAUCGUUACACUGAUACUCUUCCUGGCAGCAUGGCAGGAAGCAGUGACUUUGGUGCCAGUGCGUUUUGUUGCUGUAGACGUUGGUCAGAACUUGACUUUAGCUUGUUCAGAAGAAGAUGCACUACCACAGUCAGGCACAUCUGCUAGGCCGAUGUGGAUAAGAGAUGGACGCGAGGAUGGGCAAAUUGAACGUCUUACGAUUGAGUCUAAUGGAGCUUUGGAACUUAUCAAUGUUAGUGCAGAUGAUGCUGGGAAUUAUUCUUGCACCUUGCGUGACGCUGUCAAGACUAGAGUUAAUGUACAAGUUAGAACUCCUCCUCCAGCUUUACAUAACGUAUGGGUCAAACCAUCCACAAUAUUGGCAAAUAUUCUUUGGGAAGUAGCUGGCACAGGUGGUUAUCCUAUCAUAGAUUUCACUGCCGAAUAUCGUCUUAAACCGAAUGUGGGUGAAGAACCAGAAGACUGGAAGCCUAUUGUUCCAACGCACAUUCCACCAAAUUCUAGGCAAAUUGAUGUUUAUCACUUGGUGCCAAACACAACGUAUUCUUUCCGAGUGUGGGCAACAAAUCAGCUAGGAAGAGGGGAAAUUGUUGAGGUCGAAGGUCAUACGCAUCACAGUAUCGAAGAAUUAGAACUUGCAAGACAUCUCUUAUCAGGUGUAGAAAAUUUUGACACUCGUGUCUGGGUGGCAGCGGUAGGCAUAGUUAUGGGUACACUUAUGAUUCUUGGUAUAGGUACUUGUUACCUCCUCUAUCGUGAGUGCAAAGUACCCUCGCAGCUGGAGGAGCAGGAAGUGAUUGAGCUGGUUCCCAACAUCAUUCUGAAUCCAGGAUUUUUCGAUGAAAGAACAGAACACAUUCCUCAAGACGAAAAUUUCAACAACCAAACAACUACGCGUCUGAACAAUAACAGCGUUGUGCAACCUAGGCGACUUUAGUAACUAAAUACUUAGGUUUUUGUGGCUUUUUUUAUUAACAAGUGGCUUGAGCACAGUUUAUGUGUCACCUUAUAACGUAAGUAAUAUGAGAUUACAAAAAUGAAGGCCUCGAAUACCGUGAAACGAUGGCAGCACUUAGAGUCAGGUAAGCGAUGAAACUUAUACUAUCAUCGCGAAAUACACUGAAAUCCGUUUGCGUUUGUAAUCAGAAAAUCGAAGAACUGAAAUCGUACGCUCCGAGUGUUCCGAUGGAAGUUCAAUUUUUCACUUACAAUACAAUGUAAAGUGUUCAAAGCGUAUGUAAGACUCUGCUAGGUUUUGCGAAACGGAGUAGCACAUUUUUGAGGAAGUUUACCAGGAUGUUCUAACACUGAAAUUCGAUACGUUAUUGCUCAUCGAUCGAGCUUAAAGUAACGAACUCCUGUAAGCCAAAAGAAAAUAUUCUUAGUAAGACUGUAAUUCUAAGAACACAAAGAAACAAAAAUUUUCUGUGGAAACUGAUGUCACACGGCAUUAAUGUUAAUGGCGAAAAUACAUUCAUCUUGCAUUCUGCAUGAAUGUAACGUCUUUUGUACGCAAUUAUUUUUAGCCGUCACGAUCAAGAAAAUAUGAGAUUUUAAUGGACAAUAUCAUGCAGAAAGUAAGAUUUUUGUCAGCAAUACAAAUCAUCCGAUUAAACAGAUUUUGUCAGGUACAACAAAAAGGCUUGCUUACUGCCGUUUUAAGGUGUGCAGAAGUCGUUGGUAAAAAAGUUCCUUUUCCGUGUCUUUCUAAAGUUUAUUGUUUUUUAUUUAUUGUUAUUGUAAGAGCGCGUUUGUUUUUUAAGGAUAUUUUAAUCAUUUCUCGUUUUCUCGAAAGAGCUUAAUGUCGCUGAAAUUAAAGACACAUGUUGUAUGUUCUUUCUAGGGAAAAUCCUGUGAUUCAGAGAAUGUGCAAUUGUAAAGACCACAGUACUCUAAUUGUAAAGAUAAUUCUACUCUGUUAACGUUAUUUAUAGCGACAUUCUAUUUCCCAUACUUUUAACUUUGCAUGUGAUCAAUCUAAAUAAUGUCUAAUGCUUUAACAUGCUUUUGCACUACCUUAACAACAAAUGCAAUACUGCUACUGAAUUAUAAUAAUCUAUAAAAUCAAAUUUCAUCAAAACAAAUUCGUAACAGAUAGCACAAUUUCAUAAAAAAUAAGUUCCAGUACAGCGGUAGGAAAAACGGACAAAAAUCCAUUAGUCUCCGUGAUAUUGAGUGAUUACUCCCGGACACCGUGCAUUUCGGUUAAAAAUCAUUCCAUUCGUAUUAGCAGUAAAUAUAGGGCAGAGGUAGAAUAAGUUAAAAUAUUUUGGAUAUCAUCUUUGAUAGAAUCACCUUUGAUAAUCGAUCAUCGAGACAAGUCUUUUCAGAAACAUUCAUUUGUAAUG